CAGUUGCGUGAGUUUGUCCGUUGACUUUUCGGACCUUUGACUAUGGCGAUGCUCAGAAGGAGCACGCUCAAGGACAAGAAGUAGCCGGCGGAAAAUCCAAUACUCUGACUUUCUCCUCCUCCUCCUCCUUCAGAUCCCAAAGCUUCCCUUAGCUAAAACACCAAAACAGAGUCUUCAAUCAAUGGCCUCUUCAUCGUCUUCUUCCUCUUCCGCUGCAAGGUGGAAUUUUGAUGUGUUCCUGAGCUUCAGGGGCGAGGACACGAGGGAAGGCUUCACGGGCUUCCUCUAUGAGGCCCUGACCCGCUACGGGAUCGUCACUUUCAUGGACGAGCAGCUCCGCAAGGGUGAGUCCAUCUCCGCCGAACUCAUCGGGGCGAUCGAGCAGUCCCGAGCCUCCAUCGUGGUCUUCUCCGAGAACUACGCAUCCUCGGGCUGGUGCCUCGACGAGCUCGCGAAGAUCAUGGAGUGGAGGGAGGCAAUGGGGCACCAGGUUCGGCCCUUGUUCUACCGUAUCGACCCCUCCGAGGUGAGGCACCAGAGCGGGAAGACCGGGGAGUAUCUGCGCAAGUUCGAGGAGAAGUUCGGGGUGGACUCGGAGAGGAUCAGGGGGUGGAGGAUUGCCCUCAACGGUUUGGCUAAUAUGAGCGGAUGGCACUUUAAACAGGGGGUUGAAUCGAGAUUCAUCCAACGAAUUGUUGAAGAAGUCUCGAGCAAGCUGAACCGUCCGACAAUGAGUGUUGCCACCAACCCAGUGGGAAUAGAUGACCUCAUAGAGAGCAUUAGCCCGGUACUCAGCAUUGGGCUGAAUGAGGAAGUUCUGAUGAUUGGCAUCUAUGGAAUUGGAGGAAUAGGGAAGUCCACCAUUGCUAAGGCAAUAUACAAUAAGUACGCGGAUGACUUUGAAGGAAGCAGCUUUCUGGCAAAUGUGAAGGAUAUGUCGGGACAGCAGGGCCUCGUUCAAGUCCAAGAAACCCUCCUCUUUGAGAUAUUAGGAAAUGCGAGCUUAAAGUUGUUUAAUGCUGAUCAAGGAAUCAGUGUCAUUAGCCAUAGGCUCCGCUACAAAAGGGUUCUUGUGGUUAUUGAUGAUAUCGAUCACUUGGACCAAUUGAGAAAGUUGGCUGGAAAUAAAGAGUGGUUUGGUCGUGGUAGCAGGAUAAUAAUAACCACACGAGAUAGGCAUUUGCUCGAUGCCCAUGGAGUCGAACACUUCUAUGAAAUGAAGGAGUUGAACUAUCUCCAGUCUUAUCGGCUUUUCUGUCUGAAUGCAUUUAGAGAACCCAAUCCUCCCAAAAUGUUCAAGGAGCUAACCUCUCGUAUAUUAGAUUACGCCAAGAAUCUCCCCUUGGCUGUUAUCGUGUUGGGCUCUUUCUUGUGCGGGAGAACUGUUAAGGAAUGGGAGAGUGCUAUUGCAAGGCUGAAAAGUGUACCGAACAGAGAAUAUAAUGAAAUUCUUAAGAUUAGUUAUGACGGUCUUGAUGAUUUCGACAAGGCUAUUUUUCUCGAUAUUGCUUGUUUCUUUAAUGCAGUAUCCCUAGACUAUGUAGUGAAAAUCUUAGAUGCUUGCAAGUUCUUCCCCGAUAUCGGAAUCAGAGUUCUUGUGGAUAAAUCUCUGAUAAAUGUUGAGAACAACAAGCUGUGGAUGCAUGACUUGCUGCAGGAAAUGGGAAGGGAAGUCGUCCGGAAAGAGUCUCCGAAUAAUCCUGGGGAGCGCAGCAGGCUGUGGUUCCCAGAAGAUGUUAUUGAUGUUUUGACGGAAAAUUUGGGAACAAGCAAGGUUGAAGCUAUUAAGCUAGUCUUGCCUGAGACGGAAGAAGUGUAUUUAAACGCGAAAGCGUUCAAGAGGAUGAAGAGGCUCCGCUUGCUCAUUAUCCACAAUGCAUAUGUAUCUGGGGAUCUGGACUAUCUGUCAAACAAUUUGCGAUGGGUUGAGUGGGAGGCGUAUCCUUUCUCGUCUCUGCCGCCAAAUUUCCACCCACAAAAGCUCGUAGGAUUGUACUUGUACAACAGCCGAAUCAAACACCUUGGUGAAGGAUACAAGAUCUUUAAGGACUUGAGGCAUAUGAGCCUGGAACGCUCGGAGCGUCUUACUGAGGUUCCUGACCUCUCAACACUCCCAAAUCUCGAGAGCUUAAUCCUCAUGAACUGCUCGAGUUUAGUUGAGCUUCAUGAUUCAGUCGGGUUUCUCGAUAAGCUUGUCACCUUGAACCUCGAGUUCUGCUAUCACCUUAAAAAGCUCCCUCGCAUCCUCAAGUUGAAAUCUCUCCGCAGCCUCCUCCUCACCCGGUGCAGAAGCCUUGAGAAGUUCCCCGAAGUUCUUGAGGAUAUGGAAUCGUUGCAAGAACUUCGAUUGACCAAGACAUCCUUGAAAGAGUUGCCGCAGUCGACUGCUAGUCUUGUCGGACUUGAAGUUCUCUGCGUCUCAGGCUGCAAGAAGCUUAAAGGGCUCCCUGAUGGGAUUUAUAAGCUGAAACGAAUUAAGCAACUUCUUCUCCAGAACUGCUUGCAACUCGGUCAGUUCUCGGAGAAUGAUGGAGAAAAUUGUGUGCCGCUGAUCUCUGCAGAACCCAAGUUUCCAAUGUUACAGUCACUGAAACUCCGGAAUUGCAAUUUAUCUAAUCUCAACUUCUUCAGGAAUCUCGAUUGCAUUUCCACCCUGGAGGAAUUGCAGCUGUCACGCAACAACUUUGUUGAGCUCCCUUCGUGGAUCGGGAGACUCUCAAAUUUGAGGAAACUCGAUCUAAGCUAUUGCAGCCAGCUGAAAGAAAUCCCGAACCUUCCACCGAGCAUAGAGAGUAUAACUGCAACCGACUGUGAAUUGUUGGAGAGCUUUCCACAACUGUCUGGCAUGACACAAUGUUCUGAGAAGUUACUUCCGUCUCUUAAGAAUGUCGACUUUACAAACUGCCACAAGCUUGCCGAGAAUAUCGGCAAUGGCAUUGCAAAUGUCCUGAUGAACCAGGAACCUCCGUUCAGCCUAACUUGGCCAGGGCACGAGAUACCCGAAUGGUUCAAAUACCGAACCCGGGUCGGUUUCUUGUACUUCCAAAUACCGGAGCAUGUAUAUGACAAGUUGGUCGGGUUCACUCUAUGUGCAGUCGUUAAAGAGGCUUUUGCUUUGGAGCUCAGCUUUUUGAUGAAUGGUGAAGUGGCAGCCACUUGCACGGAGCACUUCUUCCCAAUGACUUCACACCACCUGUGGUUGCUGUACCCGGGUGCCCGAUAAUGAAGCCAUUGAAUGGGUGGUAUUAUAUCGAGUUCAGUCUUGAAGUGGCUUAUCCUUCUGGUGUGUCGUGCAUCGAAGAGUACGUCGAGAGAUGUGGAGUCUUCCUCGAGUUCAAGGAGGAUGACAGGUUGAACUGGGCUAUAGAAGGCAACUCCUUGUCGUGCACUCACUUUCCUGAGGUGAUAUAUGAUGAAGACAGUGAGGAAUCGGAAGAUUCAGGGGAAAGUUCGGAUUAUGAGUCAUUGAAGAGGAGAAAAAUGUUAUGAAUUUGUUGAGAGGCCAAGCUAGUUGAAUUUCGAAACAAAAGCACCGCGAGGUGAGUACUUGCCGAUCCGGUGGGCAUACCUAAGUCCUCGCCAUGAGCGCUUCCAAUGUUGGAUUUCAGGUCUUUGUACUAAAGAAUAAGGGGAUUAAGAAAUCACUAGACAGAGAUUGAAUCUA